GCGUGUUAAGAGGUUUAAUGGAUGGAAGUGUAUUGAGUCCUUUGACCAUGUGUUGUGUUUUUAGGUUUGCUCUGUACCUAUAUUUACUGGCCAUGCCCUUGUGUGACGCAGGAAUACAUAGCAGGGACAGGACACCACCUAACAGCGCUGCAGAAUUACCCUGUUCUUACUCUCCUCUCCCUGGCCAUGUUUACUUUGACGAAACGUCUACUUUUGGUUCGGUUAUUUUUGUAUCAAAUGAGAUCACUUCAACGAAGCAAGAUUGGAAUGUUACAAGCAGGCAUCACCGAAUUGCAAUAACGCUUUUUGAUAAGCGUUACAACAUUAUCUUGCUGACAAAUGUUGAUUUGGACGUGACUAAUCCGCAUGACACCUGCAACAAUCUAUUGCAAACAUUUGUGCAAAGAAUAUCGUGCUUUAGCGGUGCUAACUUUGAAAAGGUCGACAAAGAUGUCACGUUUCACGUGCGGCCCGUGAACGAACACCCUCCUACUGUAGGUGACCUACCUGGAAUCCAGAUAUCAGAGGAAACAUAUUCUGUACCAAAUUUUAUACUGCGUCUUUCGGACUUCUUCACAGACCGGGAUUGCCCGAAGGAACACUUGGUGCUUAAUAUUUCGGAAUACACAGCUACAGGGAUGCAGGUGGCUCACGAUGCCAGCUAUUUUUUCAUGAUUAAUAGUACUUCAGGAUUUCUCUACCAGAGCAAAGUCUUUGACAAUGAAGACAUAUAUUCCUUCAUACAUUGCGACCAGUGGAAAGAAGGAGGAUUUCUGAACAUUACAGCAAAUGACGGAAUUCACAAAACAUCAAAGUCCCUGAGGGUGACGUUUGUCGACAUAGAUGACCAUCCUCCUGUUUUUGUAAUGAGCGGAUGUACUACAAUAUGCUAUGUUUGUCCGAGGACGGAUCUGGACGCUAUCGUUAACUAUUAUGGUCAGGAUAGUAUCAACACCUACCCACCCUACAUAACGGUCUUAGAUCCUGACACAAGUACCACAAAUUUCACAUACGAUAUGGAAGUCUAUCCAAAAAAGUACAAGGACAAUAUCCGGUUUGUGAAUGGGAGUUUUCACCUUCUGCAACCGUUGGCAAAUUUCACAGACUUUCGGGAGCUUGCGGAAUUUAAAAUAACCGUGGUUUUGCAGGCAACAGGGAGUAAUGGUCAGACAGGAAAUUGUACAUUACUAAUACGCGUAGUAGAUACUCCGGGUACAGCAUUAAAACAAACGACGAUAACAAAGAAGUUUGAGACAACACCAACAACGACGUCAAACACUCUGUUCACCAAAUUACAGGAAAUGACGUCAUUACCAACGGGAAGCACAUAUACACCAUCUAAUACGACAUCGGAUAGAGCCAUUAAAAAGCCUCAAUCUUCCCAUGCUACGUCAGACUCAACGAAAGACAUCGUAAUCAUUGUACUGGCCGUGGUUGUUGGUCUUCUGAUCUCUGCAUGUAUCAUCCACACUGUAUGCAGAAUCAGAAAUCAGAAAACGAAGUCAGAUGACAAAGUACCAAGCUAUGAAGAAGUUAAAAGGAACAACGAUACAAAGGAAAAUGAAUAUGCCACGAUUCAAAAUUAGCUAAAUAGGCUUUUCAAUUUCAGCAGACGGCUCUCUUAAUAAAUAUGAAUUGGUCAUUAGGUGUAUAAUACUGAUCUUAUUUGCUAAUUCCAUAGAAGUAUUAAAAAAUGUACGUUUCUGAUCUAUUUUUUCCUCUGUGACAUAUCAUUUCAUUAAGAAAAUUAACGAGUACACGUUUACAUCCAAAGAUAAGAGUCAUGACUUUACAACGACACGUGUAGCGUGCAGCUCUCAUAAGUCUAACGAAUUUUGCUUAAGCCUGCCCCGGAUUCUGUUAACUUCCAGGUCCGUGGCCAAUAAUCGGGCUUACUUUAAUUAACACUUUGUUUGAUUCAGACAUUGAUUGACAGUGAGUCAUUGAAUACACUGAGUAAUUGAAUAAUUCUAUUGAUACAUUGCAGUCGGUUGAUUGUCAUAAUUGAAUACAUUGAGCAAUUAAAUUGAUACAUUGAUUGUCAUAUUGAAACAUUCACUAAAGCAAAACAUUGAUUAUACUUUAUUGAUUUGCAUAUUGAUUGAUUCAUUGAAAUAUUGUUUGAAUUAUUGAUUGAUUGAUUUCAUUCAUUGAUUCAUCUUGAUUGAUUGAUUGUUUGGUUCAUUGAAGAUCUAACAUCAUAACUACCCAAAAGUCGAUGUUGAUCAUUCAACUUACUCUAUUGCUAUAUUUGCAAUUUUUUGCAUACAAUUGAAUAGUUUAUGAUGUACUGAUAAAUUAAAAUAAAGCUAUGACAGGGACUGCCAAUACGGUGUUGUUAAUCUAUUCUAUUAAAAUAAUCGUAAUGAUGUAGGUUAAAUGGUUGACUCUGUUUGAUAAAUAUUAUGUAUGAAAAAAAUUUGAUCUAUAAAAAUACGACAAAAGAUUUCACCAAUUUUUAUAUAGCAUACAUUUAUCUUUAGGAUUGUGAAAGAAAAGUAAUUAUGAUCUAUCCCUGAAUAC